UUGUUCCGGUUGUACCUGAUAGUGGAUCAUACUCACUUCCUUAGGAAACCUAAUAUGUUCCCUAUUAUCUGUGUUGUUAUGGUAUUCUUUUUUUCUUUCUUAUCAACAAUAACAUUCCAUAUUGGAUAUAGUGAGUUUGACCCGAGUAGCCUUCCGUUCAAUCUUUCACAGAGGCAAUUAGAUUACUUGUCAACGAGGACAGCUCUAUCUUACCAUCUGAAUACUUUCAAAGAAAUAUUCUAUCCCGUGUACUUCGUUUUUUUGGUUCUCAUGUGCUUUGUAACGGGUUCAUCAAUUGCAUUUGAGAUCGUUCGCACUAUCCAUAAGAAACAAAGCGUUAUGUCUACCGGAGCAUCCAUUCAUCAUCUGAGAGUGCUGAAGGUUCUAACGAUCCAGAUAGUUUGUACCGCAUCAGUAUCUUGCUGUACUCCUCUCGCAUUAGCUCUCUCUUUUUUUAUCCCUGUAAACUCAACCGUAAUUUAUAGUUCCUCGUUAGUUUUGGGUACUAGCUCUCUGGUCCAGUCUGUUCUCACCAUCUGUUUGAACCCAGUUACCCGGAAAACUGUUUUGACUCUCAUCGGCUUUCACAAACCUGAAGCACGAAAGGCUACUGUCCGAGUAGAUGCAAAGUAG